CCUGGGGUCACGUGCGGCCCUGAGGGCGGAGCCGGAAGCUGAUUCAUCUUCCACAGACAGAAUGAUGUGGGCUGUGUGGUACCAUCUGAGUGUCUGCGGGCCUGUGGGGCUGAGAUCGGCUGCUCCAACAUUGCCUAUCCAAAGCUGGUCAUGGAGCUGAUGCCCAUAGGUCUUCGAGGGCUGAUGAUAGCUGUGAUGAUGGCUGCGCUCAUGUCAUCGCUGACCUCCAUCUUUAACAGCAGCAGCACACUCUUCACCAUGGACAUCUGGAGGCGGUUGCGGCCGGGCGCAGGAGAGCGGGAGCUGCUGCUGGUGGGCCGGCUGGUCAUCGUGGUGCUCAUAGGCGUGAGCGUGGCCUGGAUCCCAGUCCUGCAGGGCUCCAACAGUGGACAGCUCUUCAUCUACAUGCAGUCGGUGACCAGCUCGUUGGCGCCCCCUGUCACCGCCAUCUUCGUUCUGGGCAUCUUCUGGAGGAGGGCCAAUGAGCAGGGGGCCUUUUGGGGCCUAAUGGCCGGGCUGCUGGUGGGUGCCCUGAGGCUGGUCCUGGAAUUCCUGUACCCGGAACCCCCCUGCGGCCAGCCAGACUCGGGGCCAGCCCUUCUCCGCAGUGUGCACUACUUGCAUUUUGCCAUCGCCCUCUUCCUCCUCACCUGCGCUGUGGUGGCCGCUGGAAGCCUACUGAGCCCGCCCCCUCAGCAAAGCCAGAUAGAAAACCUAACCUGGUGGACUCUGGUUCUGGACCCGUCCUUAGGAACCAAAGCAGGCGAUGGCCUGACACCCCAGAAACGUGCCUUCUGGACCCGCGUGUGCAAUUUCAACGCCAUCUUCCUCAUGUGUGUCAACAUCUUCUUCUAUGCCUACUUUGCCUGAUGCUGCCACCCCAGUGGGAAUGUGGGUGCUUCAGUCCUCAGGGCCACCCUCCUUCCUAGGCUGGUCAUGGAGGCCCAAGGAAACAGAGUGUGUCCACAGCUCUACAGUAGUCAGCACCAAGUGUCUGGCUGAGCCAACGGAA